ACUGUCUGAACCUAGGACUAAUACUUAUACUGGGUGCGUGUACUAACAUACACAGGCCCUACCAAGUAUUUGUACUUUCCUAUUAUAUAAUUAUCCUUUUUCGUCAAUAAUUCUUUUUUUUCUUCUUUCCGCCAUUCUUUAUCUGUUUUCCUUUCUUGUUUUUUGUUUACGUUUUGACGAAAGAAAGUCCAAGUCAGUCAGCUAGCCUUUGCUGCUUAUGAAAGCAUCAUUCAUUCUUGCUAGAUUUCGCUUCUUUCGCUUCCUUCCGUGUAUAUUUUUCUGCGAUCGUUUGCACUUUUCCUAAGUUAUUAACCUGUCUGGUGGAUUUGCAUUCAAUAUUCAAUUACCGCUUCCUUAAAAAAAAAAGAGUCUCUGCUUACUUUCCUUGUUUAUAUUUUUUGAUCUUUUUUGUACCGGGAUUUUUUUUUCCACGUUUCCCAUGGAUUUUGCAAAUAUGUAUCUUGGCUUUGACAAUUUGGGCAGUGAAAGUUUUCAUCCAAACAAUUCAUCUGUCCAUCAAGAUAGCAAUCAAUUUCCUUUUCAUCCUUCCCUUCAAGAACCAGGACCACCUGACAUGUCAGCAAAGGCCUCCGUUGUUUCGAGUGACUUGGGGAUGUACGAUAUGAAUGGCAUAUCUCUUCAAGGAAUGAAAGCGAAAGAUCAAUUUCAAAUGAGAGCACCAUCUAAGUACAUUCCUUUAGUUGGCGAUGCAAGCUUAUCUUCAUAUCAACGCAAUGUUAUGUUAUCCCCUGAUGCCAAAAUCCCUGAGACAGUCAGUCUUUCGGAAGUAUCAAAAGCUCAAAAUUAUGGAGAGGCAGUACCAUUAAGAUCCGAGAAAGUUGCCCCUACACUGAUGAAUGUGCAACCCUCUCAAUUACCUUUGGAUCCUUCUCUAGGGUUGAGAAAUUUUCAGCGAAACCCUUCCAAAGUUUUUUCAUUCGACAAAGGAAAAAGUACUCCUUAUCCCUUAAUCCCCGAAAAUUCUUCUCAUUUAGAACCUUACUCUAUACAUUCUCCUAGCUAUCGUGAGUCUCCAUCAAUACAGUCGUCUUUUUCAAACCCAACAACCCCUCAAAAGCAAAAGACUAUCACUCCUAAUAGUUCAAAUUAUAGUUCGCCUAAGCUGGAUCAAGGAAGCAUAUCUGAAACGAAACGAACGCCUCGUAUUCGCCGCAGUGUAACUUCUUUAGAUGACGACUGCUCUGACAAGAGAAAACGUUUCUUAGAAAGGAACAGGGUUGCUGCAUCUAAAUGCAGACAGAAAAAAAAACUUUGGACCCAAGAUCUGGAAAACUCUGCCAGAGUUGCUUGCGAGCAAUCGAAAGCUCUGAGAUCCCUAGUCGCUCAGUUGCGGGAAGAAGUUUUAUGUUUGAAGAAUCAAUUGUUGGCCCAUCAAGACUGUGGAUGCGAAGGCAUAAGACAAUAUCUUUCUUCAGAGGCAAUGGGCAUCAUGUCCGCUCUCCAAAAGCACUGAAUUUCAAUUGCCUCUAGUAACGUUCAUUUGAGAAC